CCGCAGGUAUUGUGGGAUAGAGUGAGAUCAGUGAAAUAGUGCGAUUAUCAUUGUUUAACCUCGACUUUACCGGAGGGCAUUGAUUUUCAAAUUGAUUCAAUAAAUAAACAAGUGGAAAAUGCCGAUUGACUUCGCAGCUUUUGCAUAUGCAGCUUCUGUUGCUGGCGGAGGAAUCCUAGGAUACGUAAAAGCUAAAUCAAUACCUUCGUUGGGUGCUGGGCUUCUAUUCGGCUCAAUCCUGGGCUAUGGAGCCUAUCAAACAUCCCAAGACUCGCGAAAUUGUGCAGUUCUUCUGGGAACGAGCACCGCCCUGGGUGGAGUGAUGGGAUAUCGCUUCUAUAACACCCGAAAAAUCAUGCCCGCGGGUAUGAUUUGCGUUAUAAGUGCUGUCAUGGUCGUCAGGACAAUCUGGCGGAGCUUCCAGUCACCUGAAGCGUCUCUGAAAGUUGAAUAAUUACACAUGCAAUUAUUUUCCAUUUAAACCAA